CAUUGCAAGUUAUUUCUCUGCUUUUCAUAUAGAACUUGUUCCUUUUCUUUGCAAAAGCAAACAAAGCUGAUUUGAUAUGGAUAGAGUUAGAGAUUUGGCAUCAAAGAAGGCAGCUGUGAUCUUCACCAAGAGCUCAUGUUUCAUGUGCCACAGCAUCAAACAACUCUUUUAUGAACUUGGUGCGAGCCCUGAAAUUCAUGAGCUUGACCAAGAUGCCAAUGGGAGGGAAAUGGAGUAUGCUCUACGAGGGCUGGGAUGUACUCCCUCUGUCCCAGCUGUGUUCAUAGGAGGAAAGUAUGUAGGCUCAGCAAAAGAUAUCAUAUCCCUCCAUGUUGACGGGUCUCUCAAACAAAUGCUCAUAGAUGCAAGGGCCAUCUGGUUCUAGCAACUCCAAAACAAGCCUCAUACUAUGUUAGUUACUGCAGUAGAAAUGUGAUCAAAGCUCUAAUACCACAUGUAGAGGAAAAAGUUGCAUU